AUGACGGAGACGGAGCGGCAGCUGUACCAGCAACUGCUCAACCAGCUAGAAGCGCCGCAGCAGCAGCUGCAGCAGGAGCAGGAGCAGCAGCAGCAGCAGCAGCAGCAGCAGCAGCAGCAGCAGCAAUGGGCCAGCAGCAGCUCGCCGCAGGGGCCCCUGGAGGCUCUUGGGGGUCCCCCUGCAGCAGCAGGGCCCUGGGCAGGCACGGAGACUGAAGCAGUUCUUAGGGGCCCCCAGCAGCAGGUCGCAGGCUUGCUGCUGCUGCUGCUGCUGCCGCUGCUGCUGCUGCUGCCGCUGUUGCUGCUACUGCUGCUGCUGAUUGGCCGGCAGCUGCAAUUCACGAGCGCACCAUAG